AGCUAUAGCGGUUGCGGCCGGGGCGGCGGUGCUGAGCGGCCGGGCCGCUACCGGUGCCGGUGCCGGUGCCGCCCCACGCGGCACAGCCAAUGGUGGUCGGCGGGGCGGGCUGCGCCGCGCCGGGCUGCGUUGUGCAACGCGCCGCGCUUUGAAGGCACCAUCACCCCUGGGAGGCAGCGCUCACUCGGCAUCUAUCACGGCAGGGCGGCUGGCGGCAGACCGGGCCCAGCGCCCCGAUGAAGACCCGGCGGGACCGGCCUUCCCAGCGGGCAUGAGCCACCCGCGCUAGGAGCGGCGCGUAGCGGUGCCCCGGCGGGCAGGAUGGCCCACAUGCUGCAUGCGGCGGCCCGGCGGGUGCAGUGGAGCAGGGCGGGCGCUGCGAAGAGGGCUGCGUGCUUGCUGGCCGCGGCAUACGGGCUCAAAAUCCUCUACCCCAUCAUCCGCGGGCGCGUGAAGCGGGCGAGUGGCAGAGGCGGUACGCAGGAUGAAGGGGGCCAGGGGGCCCCGCACUGCACCGGCAGCCGGGGCAGAGCCUCCCCGGCCGUGGACGCGGAAUUUUUCAAGCAGCUGCUUGAACUCCGCAAACUGUUCUUCCCGAAGCUGGUGAGUGCCGAGCUGGGCUUACUCUGCCUCCACUCGCUUGCUCUGGUGUCCAGGACUUUCCUCUCCAUCUAUGUGGCCGCCCUCGAUGGAAAAAUUGUGAAGAGCAUUGUGGAGAAAAAGCCCAGGAGCUUUGUCUUCAAAUUAAUCAAGUGGCUGAUGAUCGCAAUCCCAGCCACUUUCGUGAACAGCACCAUACGGUACCUGGAAUGCAAGCUGGCCCUCGCCUUCCGCACGCGCCUGGUGGAUCACGCCUAUGAGACCUACUUUGCCAACCAGACUUACUACAAAGUGAUCAGCAUGGACGGGCGGCUAGCCAACCCUGACCAGUCCCUCACCGAGGACAUCAUGAUGUUCUCGCAGUCCGUGGCGCAUCUCUACUCCAACCUCACCAAGCCCAUCCUGGAUGUUGUGCUCACUUCCUACACCCUCAUCCGCACAGCGCGGUCCCGGGGAGCCAACCCCAUCGGGCCCACAGUCCUGGCUGGUCUCGUCGUCUAUGCCACGGCCCGCGUGCUCAAAGCCUGCUCGCCCAAGUUUGGCAAACUAGUGGCUGAGGAGGCUCACAAGAAGGGCUAUCUGCGCUUCAUACAUUCACGCAUCAUUGCCAACGUGGAAGAGAUUGCCUUUUACCGAGGGCACAAGGUAGAAUUGAAACAACUGCAAAAAAGCUACAAGGAUUUGACAGAUCAAAUGAAUCUCAUUUUGUCCAAACGUUUAUGGUAUGUCAUGAUAGAGCAGUUCCUGAUGAAGUAUGUCUGGAGUAGCUGUGGUAUGGUCAUGGUCGCUGUGCCCAUCAUCACCGCAACGGGAUUUGCAGAUGGCGAGUUGGAAGAUGGCCAGAAACAGGCAAUGGUUAGUGAAAGGACAGAAGCUUUUACUACAUCACGAAACUUGCUGAUCUCUGGAGCAGAUGCUAUUGAAAGGAUUAUGUCUUCAUACAAAGAGGUCACUGAGCUAGCAGGCUACACUGCCCGUGUCUACAACAUGUUCUCAGUCUUUGAGGAGGUGAAAAGAGGUAUCUACAAAAGAACUGCUGUUAUUCAAGGGUCUGUAAACAACAGCAGGAGUGAAGAUAAAGCAGAGUUGCACAUUGAUGGGCCCUUAGAAAUCAAAGGGAAAGUAAUUGAUGUUGAUCAAGGAAUUAUUUGUGAAAAUGUUCCUAUAAUUACUCCGAAUGGCGAUGUGGUGGUUUCCAGACUAAACUUCAAAGUCGAGGAGGGGAUGAAUCUUUUAAUCACUGGACCUAAUGGCUGUGGAAAGAGUUCGCUCUUCAGAAUUUUAAGUGGUUUGUGGCCUGUCUAUGAAGGAGUUCUCUACAAGCCUCCUCCACAACACAUGUUUUAUAUACCACAAAGGCCCUACAUGUCCAUUGGAACACUACGAGAUCAAGUCAUCUAUCCAGACUCAGUGGAAGACAUGCAUGAGAAAGGCUACCAGGAUCAAGAUCUGGAGUCUAUUCUGCAUAUGGUUCAUCUGUACCACAUAGUUCAAAGAGAAGGAGGCUGGGAUGCCAUCAUGGAUUGGAAAGAUGUCUUAUCGGGAGGAGAAAAACAAAGGAUGGGCAUGGCCCGGAUGUUUUACCACAAGCCAAAAUAUGCAUUGCUGGAUGAAUGUACAAGUGCUGUAAGCAUUGAUGUCGAAGGAAAGAUAUUCCAAGCUGCAAAAGCUGCUGGGAUAUCCCUGCUUUCCAUAACACACAGACCUUCUCUUUGGAAGUACCACACUCACUUGCUGCAGUUUGAUGGACAAGGCGGCUGGCGUUUUGAGCAGUUGGACACCGCUAUCCGUUUAUCACUGAGUGAGGAAAAACAGAGACUGGAAUCCCAGCUUGCAGGAAUUCCUAAAAUGCAGCAGAGACUGAAUGAACUGUGUAAAAUCCUGGGAGAAGAUUCAGUGCUUAAAACAAUGGACAAAGAGGAAUAAAUAAUUUAUGGUUUAUGUUUUUAAAAGUAUUUUUUUAGUUAAAAGCAUUACAAAUUCAGCCAUUAUCCUUUGCAUGCAUUGUGACAGAGGCUUAGAGCAUAGCAAAACACAGCCAGCAGAAAAUAAUGCUCUGAAUGCUAUGUAAGAGUUUAGUGUUUUAGUAUUAAGGAGGAAGGUGGUUGAACUGUGAAAAGAAAAUAAGCAAGUGCACAGAGUAUAAGAUUAGUCAUUACAUCUUAUGUUAAUUCCUAGUGAAAGCCCAAUUCACUGCAAGAAAUGACCAACACACUUAGGUUUUGUAGGUGAAUUUUUGCCUGAGACUUGGCCUGCAGAAUGUGCUCUUGUACCAGGUCACUGUGUGCGUAUGACAUGCCUGCUACGCAGAGCAACCGGGCAUGACACUCAGGCAUGGAGCACGGCAGGGACAGUAUCUGGGUGAGUAUGCAGAUGUGUGCAAAAACCUCAUUUGGGUAUAAGAAACAUUCUCUCAGCCCAUGUAAAGCAAGACUUCUGUUCUACUACUGAACAGUAUACACGCCUUUACCUGCAUUUCCACAGGAAAUAACGAAAUAGGCUGACCACAAGACAACUGUCUGAGCAACCCACUGCCCUCAUGACAGAGAAGCAGGAACAGAGCUAAACAUGUAAUACACUUGUGCUUUAUGCCAUUACAUGUGGCUUCAGAGGCUCUUUGCCCUUCAUGAUACAUCAGUUCCUUCGGGGGAUUAUUUAUGUCCCUUAUUCGGUAACCUCUGGUGGUGUGGAUGGAGCACUGGGCCUGGCAUCAAGUGACUUAGUUUUCACUUGACUAAAUCAUUCAUCUGCUCUAUGGGUCUGAUCCAGCUGGCAUCCAUGUCUGACCCAGUUUCUCCAUUGGCAUAAUCACAAUAUAGACAUUUGUUUGUUCCAUGAGACACUUUGUGAUGGGAAGGACUGUAGGAGAAGGAAAUGUCAGUUUCUAACAAUACACUGAAUACUCAGGCAUGGCUGUCCUGCCAGUUGAAAUGCUCAGCACUUACAAAAGUCUGUGAAAAGUUAGAGCAUUUGGUAACCACUAAUUAAUAUGCCUGCCAUAUUUUGGUGGAGUGGCUGAACACUGCCCUCCCCAUGAGCAAAUGCACUGGUUAACAGCCUUGCUUUCAGAUGCACUCACUGAUUGUCCCAUCAGCUGUUCAGUUCAGUAGGAAUGUGGUCCCCAAUCAGUCAGAAGGUGCUUUAACAGAACUGCCUGAGACAGUGUUGGCCUGAGUGCUUUGCUGGAUGAAAAAGCUGGAGAAUUAGAAAUAAAAAUGUGAAUGUAUUUAAGACCUCCUGUUCUCUAUGGCUGUAAGUGCACAGCAAAUAAGCAGCUCAGGAGUGAAGAUCAGGAGGGGUGAGAGGCUUUGCAGAUGGGUAAAUGAGCCUUAGCCUGGAUGUAGCAAUCCUGAAGUUUGUUGGAUUUUUUUUUUCCCCAGAAGAGUGAUUCCUUAGAAGAUUUGUCUGUUCUUAGUCUGAGAGAGGUAGUGCAUAAGCUACUAAGAGCUGUUUGGAGAGGAGAAAUAUUUUAGGGGUAUUUGCUGAGCUGGAAAUGUUUGAGCACCCUGAAGUUAAUAUAAACUCUUUCCUUUUUCUGAUUACUUCAAGAACAAGAGGAAGGCGAAUUAACUCUAUCUGCCAAAUCCCAGUCAAGUGCACUAACAAUUAGCCCAUAUUCCUUCUCAGUGUGCCCAGCUUGCUGCUUGGUAUGGCAUUUGCACCAGUAAAUGGAGUAAGUCUGCUCCCUCCACAGUCUGUGGCUUGAAUGUAACCCUGUAACUUACCCUGGUGACAACAGUUUGUUCCUUUCAUUAGUUUUGUCUGUAGAGCCCCCUGAGACAUCUCACUGAUAUAGAAAGGAAUGCUCCUAGGAACCUUUGAAAGGGCUGAAAACUGAAGGUUCGAGAUAAUAAGAUGUUGUGUUGUAAAGCGCAGACUGGAGGCCACUGCUGGGGUGGCUGACAUGUGCAUGCAUUUUAAUUUGCAAAUGUCUCUGCUCGUCCCUCUCCCUGAAGGCGAGCUUUCCCCCUUCUCAUCUUCAAAGCACAAUUCAGAACUGCUAAGGAAAAAAAGAAACCAGCCAAGAAUCUGUUCUCAGUGAGCAUAACCAAGAUGACUGAUGGGUGUAAAAGCUUGCAGGUUUCUGAGUGAUGUUUCUCUAAGAUGUGGUGAAUCAAGGCACACCAUGCACAUGCCCUUGUCCCAGCUGCAGUGCAUCCUGCUAGCGCAAGGCAGCCACAAAGCCACCUUCCCACAAGCCUUUCCCAAGCCAGGACCUGAGGUGGAGGAAGGGGCAUUGCUGUUCCCCACCCCUCCAUUAAGCACUUUAACAUGUGGCUGGGAACUAAACCAGGUUGUCCACUCCCUGAAUGAGUGGGAUACUGAAAAGUUGUGAAGAAUUGGCCCAGUUUGGCACAGCUCCAGAUAUCCCACCAAAGCUCUGCCCCUGUCCUUAUCCCUCAUGGCACAAAACAAAUCUCUCCUGAAUAAAUCAUGUUUAGUAGAAGAAAGUUUGUUCACUGUUUUUUUAAAUGAAAUUAUGCAUAAAACAUACAAAAAUAUAUGUUACUGAUGAAAUUUUGAUGAAAACAGAAAUCACAUCAGGAUCAAUCUAAUAGUAUUUUCUUUGAAGUUUAACAUACAUUUCUUGGAUCCAGUAAUAGACAACCAUUCCUAUUCAGCUGUAUACUGUAAAAUACCCUAGCAUCUCACUCAGCUAUUCAUGUUCCUGUAGGCAUGGCAAGAACGUUAGAGGCUGCAAUGAGAAGAAACACUUCUCAAAACAGGAACUUUCUGCAUGAUACUGAGCUGGUUUUAGAAGGAAUUUCUGUACUAGUGGCUCAUUAUUUUUCAAGUUAGUUUUGUGGCAGGAAGAGAAACAGCCCUGGAGAUAUUUUCUGCAGAUUUUCUCUGUUGUUCCAAGGGCUAAUUGAACCUGCAGUCUCUGUUUCUGUUUCUGGAGAGUUUUACAGGGCAUAGUCCAGCUCAUUUUGUGCUGCUUUGGGCCCAGCCUAGCAGAGGUGUGUGCUGCCUGCUCAGGAAUAGCUCAAGGAGACACUGUUCUGGAGCCAGGGCAUGGGGAGCACAUGGCCCUGGCAGUGCAAGAGGGUCAAAGUGGAACAGGAUACCUUGGUGGAAGCUUUUUGUAGUGCAGUGAGAGCUGCUUAUGAAUAUUCAUUCCCUUUUUGGUGUUCAGGAGCUGUGCCUCCCCAGGAGGCUGAGGAAGUGACUUUUUGGCCUCCUUUCUGCCUGUCAUACCUAUCUGGACCUAACCAGACCCUGUCAUGGUGUCUGUGCAUUCAGGGCUGGGUACUGCCCUGUGCUGAGCACACCCAGCCCUGUGAGCACCCUGUCAUCCCUCAGGGCUCAGGGCAGACUGGAUUGCCUGGGUCUGUUUGCACCUAGAGGAGUACAGGUGAUGAGCAAAAUUCAUACUUGCCUCAGGCAGGUAGUAUCUGUAUGACAAAAAUAUGAAUUCUUCACAUCAGUUUGUUCAGAUAAUGCAAAGAGUUUUUGCAAGAAUCUUCAGAAUGGAAGGACACAUUUUUUGUGCAUGGGAUUUCAGUAUUUUAAUGUGGGAAGAGUUUGUUUUUCAUUUAGUUCGGGGGGCCAGACUCAUUCCUGGUUUGGACUUGGAAGUCCUCCUUCUGCUGGGACAGAAAGCCCCACAUAUUUUUAAGGAAUUUUUCAAAAGCAGUGGGAUUUGUAUUUGAGUAGGGAAUGAAGGACUGGGUAUUAAAUGGGAUAUUUCAGGGAAAAUUAUAUCUUAAAGCAAAUGAACACAUCUGCAGUCCACUCAAACUUAUGAAUGGUGAUAAUGCAUGUCAAAGUCAAAUUUCUGAGCCAAUCAUAAAGAAAUCCCCCUACUGAGCUGUUCAUGAAGCUUAGGAGAACUGAACUGUUAAUCAAAUGUGUCUUUGUUUUGUUUAUGUUUGACAUUAAUGCCUUUUAAGAGCAGACAAUUUAUAAAGCAAUAAAAUAUGCUUUACAGUUGUAAUUUAUUCCAACCUCAAAUAAAACAUGUUGCAUUUACUUUCA